AUUUUUAAUCUGCCAACGAUCGAAUUGCUUUCGCCUGUUUGACACCAAAAACCGUCAAAUUUUAAUUAAAACUCAAAUGUCUCAAAUCCGCCCUAUGGUCCCGCGCUUGCAGCACUUCGAAGACGCUUUGCAGAAGACAGGAUGGGGGCUUUAUUAUAAAUUUCUAGUCGGAUUUGCUUCGGCGAAUUUAUUCACCAACGGCUUUGUGCUCUUGUGUGUGAACUUUGCACUGCCUUUAAGUGCCUGUGACACGAUUUUAACGCGAGAUGAUGUCGUUUCUAUUUAUGUGUGCUUUAAUUUUGGAAAAGCCGUGGGCGGUUUUCUCCUAUGCAGCGUUUCCGACAACACCGGCAAAAGAUGCAUGAUUUCAAAAAGCCUGAUCAUUAUUUUUGGAAGCUGCUUCAUUUCUGCAUUCUCUCACAAUAUGUACACCCUGUAUCUGGCAGUCUUUUUCUUAGGUUCUGGACUACAAGCAAACAUUGCUUCGGUAAAAAUUUACUUGGCUGAGAUUUUGCCAGCUGAGAGAAGAGGUUUUUACAUCGUUCUGCCGGAUAUUUUUUGGACAGUUGGUUAUUUCUCAACGGCUGCAUUUCUUUAUUAUUUUGGGGCCUUGAAUUCAGCCAUCACCGAACACCAGGGUAUGGAUAUGAGACUUACUUCUUGGAGGAUUAUUUUUGCGAUCGGGGGCGGAUUGUGUAUUACUAUGGGCUGUACUUCGGCCCUUUUGGAAAUGAGUCCGCGAUAUUUGUUGUUUAAAAGGAGGAUUAUUACAGCGACGCUGAUUUUAAAGCAGUUUUAUGCAAUCAAUAGGUCCAAGUAUAGCGAAACUUUUGAUGUCCAGUCGCAGCAACUGGUGGACUUGAUAUCAGACUACAACAUCAACAUUGACCCAGAACCCGUCGGCCUGAUCCAACAAAUGAAUCUUAUAAUCAAAGUAAUGCUCCGAAUGUUGAGAAUCAUGCUACAAAGACCCUUCCUUAAAGUAGCCCUAGUCAUAGCUGUAACUAAAUUACCAACUUUAUUUGGAUUGCCUGGCACAAUUAUUUAUCUAGCCCAGAUCGUAGAUGGAAAAACUGGAACAGUCACUGGUGGAAAUUUAAUUCAUCUCAGUCUGAUUUUCCAUGGUAAUUGUUCAGUAUCCUUGGUGGAACAUGAAUACGAAAACUUCCUCCUGAUUUCUAUAAAUAUUCUCUUGGGGCAAAUAAUGUUGCUGUGCAUAAUCGAUCGAUUCGGACGUAAAUUUCCGAUUUUUACAGGACUGACGAUGUGUUCUUUUACGAGUGCUAUCUUGGGGUACGUUAACAACGUCCCUUUACUGGCCACAUGUUCGUCUUUUUUCAUCAUUGGACUGACUUUGGUGGAGUCCACACUUUUCGUGGUCGUAAUCGAAAAUUUUCCAACUGCUGUCAGGGGUACCGCCUUGGGCAUUACGUAUUUCUACGCCCACGUGACUUCCUGUUUCCUGUACGCUUUUCUGGAUAUGUCACGGCACAAUUUCCACCUGAUUUUGGCACCGUUAAUGUUAGGGACGUCCGUGUUGGCGUGCUUUAUUCCAGACGUGAGGAAAAGGCCGAUGGUGGAGUGAUAUUUCUCUUCUUAAUUUUUAAUAUUUAUUUAAAAACAUGUACUUUAUAACAUAUUUUGUAAAAAAUAAA